UUAUUAUUCAAUGCCAUUGCCAAUAUGAGGAUCAUAAUUAUAUCGACGUAAUUUGUUAUCAGAAAUUCAGUUUCAGAAGUACUUCUCAGUUCACUUUUUGGAUUCUGACAGACACACACUAAAGGAUUAAUUUUCUAUUAAAUUAUUUUCGAAAUAAAAAAAAAAAUGGUCCCAUUUGUUUGCGUCAAGGAUUAUGAGGAGCAGGCUUUGAAGAUUUUGACUCCCGUUGCAAGAGAUUAUUAUAACAAUGGAGCUGGAGAAGAACGUUCUUUAUUGUGGAAUAAAGAAGCUUUCACAAAGAUUCGAAUAUUGCCAAGAAUGUUGAGAGACGUUACAAAUGUUGAUAUCACCACGACUAUUUUGGGAGAAAAAGUUUCGAUGCCCUUGGGAAUUGCACCAACAGCUAUGCAAAGAAUGGCCCAUCCUGAUGGUGAAUGUGCAAAUGCAAAAGCUGCCGAAGCAGCUGGAACAAUUUUUACUCUCUCGACAAUAUCAACGAGCAGUAUAGAAGAAGUUGCGGCUGCCGCACCAAAGGCAAUUAAAUGGCUUCAACUUUAUGUAUUUUUCGAUAGAAAAUUAACAUUGGAACUCGUUCAACGAGCUGAGAAAUCUGGUUUUAAAGCUGUUGUUUUAACAGUCGAUGCACCAAUUUUUGGAGACAGACGAAAUGAAUUGAGAAAUAAAUUUAAACUCCCUCCUCAUUUAAAAUACGCCAAUGUUGAUGAUUAUGUAAAAAAAAAUAAGCUGAAUGAUGAAUCAAUUUCUAAACUUUUUGAUCCAUCACUUUCGUGGAAUGAUGUCACUUGGUUGAUAAGUCAAACUCGUCUUCCGGUUGUGAUUAAAGGAAUUCUAACUGUAGAAGAUGCAAUUUUAUCUGUUAAAUAUGGAGCCAGUGCAAUUCAAGUAUCAAAUCAUGGUGCUCGACAAAUUGAUGGAGUACCAGCACCGAUAGAAGUAUUACCAGAAUUAGUAAAAGCAGUUGGUGAUAAAUUGGAAAUUUAUAUUGAUGGAGGAAUCACAGUUGGAACUGAUGUUUUUAAAGCCGUUGCUUUGGGUGCAAAAAUGACAUUUAUUGGACGACCAAUGUUAUGGGCAAUGGCUUGCGAAGGUGAAAAAGGAGCAAAAAAUCUAUUAGAAUUAUUGAAAAAAGAAAUUCAUCUCACAUUUGCUUUAUCAGGUUGUAGAUCUAUAAAGGAAGUUACUAAAACAAUGGUUUGUCAUGAAUCGAAAUACAGUCAUUUAUAAAAUAAUUAUUAAAUAAAAUUAAAAUCUUUUAACAUUUUAUGUACUUCAUUGAAUAAAAAAAUAGAAUAAAAAAGUAUAAAAUUAA